GGCAGCCUUUAGCUUUGGGAUGGGGUGGCGAAGUCUCGUGUACAAAGAGCAGAGUGAAUCACGUGUCCAGGUGGGAAAUUUAGCAUUCAGACGACGGUGGACCGAUGCCUUUCAUACCAAGUUGUACUAAGGAUCUCUGUGACAGCUUUCCCUUGGCAUGAAGUGCAUAGUUACAGGGGGCAAUGUGAAAGCCCUGGGGAAAGCGAUACACGCUCUCUCCCGGAUUGGAGAUGAAAUCUACGUUGAACCACUACAGGAAGGGUUGUCUCUGCGUGCAAUAAACACAUCUCGCUCUGCCUAUGCCUGCUUCCUGUUCACCCCACUCUUCUUCCAGCACUAUCAGCCUGGGGAAUCUGGAUCAGACCCAGGUGUGGGUGCUUUCCGAUGCAAGGUGCUCAUGAAGUCUUUCUUAGCUGUAUUCCGCUCACUCCCUUCUCUGGAGAAGACAGUGGAGAAAUGUCUCAUGUCACUGAAUCCCCGGAUGAACCGAUUCCGUGUGCAGCUGCAUUGCAAAUAUGGGGUUGUCAAGACUCACGAUUUGUCAUUCCAGGAAUGUGAAUUGUUACAGGCUGUCUUUGACACAAGACAAUAUGCCCAUCUGCUGCGUGCCCCUCCCAGGCUAUUGGUAGAUGCUGUGGUUCAUUUCCCACUGACCCUGGCUGAGGUGACCCUGGGUGCCAGCCCUGAUGGGAAGGUGACUCUCCGCAGUUACCUGGAAGAAGAGACAGAGCCAAGUCGGAUGAUGGUGACAGAGAUGUGUCUGAGUGAGGAUGAGUUCCAGGCCUUCCACAUCAAGCAAGAAACACAAGUAACUUUCUGCCUUAAGGAAUUCCGGGGUUUUUUGAGUUUUGCUGAGUCCUCGAAUCUUUCCCUUGAUAUCCACUUUGACAUACCUGGCAGGCCAGCUAUCUUUACUGUGGAAGAUCCUGUGCUGGAACUACAGCUGGUCCUGGCCACGCUUUCCGAAUCAGAAAGUCGUCUAUCGGCCUGCACUCACAAGCCGGUUGCCCCAGCCUCUGAUUUCACCAACGAUGGCAUUGAUGCCUACAUGGUAGCCAUGGAGACCACAUGCGAUGGAGCAGAACCGUCUCCCAGCCCCACUUUCCCCACAAGACAUCCCAGUUCUGAGACCAGGGAGUCAGAGAGUGAAAAUGAGGAUACUAUCCUUGGCACACCACCACAAAAGAGGUUUCGUUCCUUGUUCUUUGGAUCGGUUCUAAGCCAGUCCCAGGCAGGGACUCGUUCCUUUUGCAGCCAGGAGGUACUUGCAGAGGACAGUGAGGGAGAUUCGUGAGCUCAUCUCGAUGGCUAUGCAUACAACACACCUCCAAAUCAAAACGCGUCUUUGGCAGGUUAGGAUCCUAAUCCAGCCCACCCCAUCAGAAUACCUUCAGACAGCUGUUUGUUGGCAUUUUUUAAUUAAAUGAACUGUCGUGGAACUAGUAUCUCCAGUGCAGAACUAUAAUAGAAUCACCAUCUCAUCCCAGCCUUUUUUCUUUUUUUGGAAAAGCAGAAAUGUAAGAGACAUUUCCUGCUUUGGGUUUGCAGCUAAUGCAGAGCUCUAACACAUUCAUUUUAUAACAGAUAUACUUCUCAAUGUUUUGAUGGCAAUGUAUACUGUUGCUGUGACAAAGACCAGCCUUGUAGGUUUCCUUUAGAGCCUUCUACUGUUUGGAGCCAGCUCUCCUCUCAUUCCCUGUAAUUAACAUGUUUUAUCACCAAACCUCUCGUUAGUUGGAAGGCAUCUGGGAACGGAAAGUGAAAUGAGGAGAAAAAACUAGGAUGGCCCUAAAACUGCCAUUAUUCAGUAAAUAUGGAAGGUGGCAAAAGGCUGGGCCUGAUCCCUUAUUACUUCCUCUUGCUUUCUCCAGCCACUUAAUCUAGCCUUGAAGUUAAAGGCUAAACCCACUCUUAGUUAAAGGACUUGUUUUGUACAGUGCUUCUGAAGAGUAGGCAUGUGGUAAAAAGAAAAUCCCUAAAAUUACUUCUUUUAGACAGAGAAAUGAUUGAAGCAACAGUUCAAAUCAAAGGAUUGCCUCUACAGAGGACAUAACAGAGAAUACAGUCAAGAGUUCCAUCAUGUACUUCCCCGUAGAAGGCUGUAUCAAGUCAAAUGUGGGAUGACCUGGAUUUUCCUGGAUUCUCUGCCCUUCUAAGAGGAAGAUUGUUUCCACUUUUCCCACAAGUGAUCAAGGUACAAGACUCAACAACCCUCCAGAGCUGCUGUAUUAAAGUGUGCGACAACCAGA